AUGGCUACACCCGCGCAGUCUCGACCUGCCUCGCCGACACCGUCCCAAUUGCCUCCCGUACCAGGCUCGCCAGUUUAUUCAGUCGCCUCCACUGCGAAUCCGUUGUCAUCCUUCAACCUACCACUGCCACCACCUCCUCGCCCUUCGUACCCGGUUCUCACCGCGGGAGACCUCGAGCGCUCGCAGGAUGCCUAUGCCGAGCUUGUCGCGUCCGCAAAAGCGUAUCGCCUCGCGCUCGCCACACUGUCUACUGCCGCGUCUACAUUUGGAUCCGCGCUCGAAGCAUGCGCGCGGUUGAAGGAGGCCAGGGCCGAGCCUGUUGGCCCAUCGGGGAUGGCGAGCAUGUCUACGAGCUUCACGACCAAGGGGGCCUGCACAGCCGAUACGCUCAUGUCUGCCUCGGGCGUGCAGCACCUCAUCGCGAAUCACCAGCAGAUACUGUCCGAGACCGUGUAUCGCUCCUUCGAGGUACCCUUGCUGGACGACCUGGACCGAUGGCAGAGGGUGGUAGACGACGAGAAGGAGACGUACCAGCAGAGGAUGAGGACACAGAGCAAGGAGAUUAAACGCCUCGAGAAGGAAGGACUGAAGCUGCACAAGCAGAAAAGACGGGACGUUGCACGGUUCAGGUCGCAUCUGGUGGAGUUGACGAACAAGCUCGACGGGCUCACGACAUUGCACGCCGAUCACGCGCGAACACUGCUUAGAGAGAGCCAGGACACGAGCGGGAGGAUAGUGGACGCCAGCUGCAGCCUCGUGCGGGCUGAGGUGGACAUCUUCGAGAGCCUGGCGCGAAAGGGCUGGAGCGGUGGUGGCCUGGACGACAUCCUCGAGAAGGGGCAGGAUCUUUUUGCGCAGGAAGAUGUACACAGCGCGCACGUCACGGGGGCCAUUUCGGGCGCUGAAUCGUCCAAGUUGUUCUCCAUCUUGCCGCCCAAGAGCAUCCUGGCGGACACGUCGUCGGAGAAUUCACGGGGCAUGGGACACGCGAGGAACGACAGCUUGGGUAUGGACUCGACGGAUCGCUACCAGGGCCUGAGCGCAGUGGCGGAGUCGCAUGCGGCAGCUGGCGAUGCGGAUAGUGUCAUGUCGGCCGAGUUCAGCAAGCCAAGGGGCGCCCGCCCGUUCUCGCCGCAACCGAUUCGACGGAUCCCUACCGAUGUGACGUUUGAGUCGAUCAUGGCCGGGAGCCCGAGCAAGGAAGACCCCAAGAGGCUAGUGCAUGUGGAUGGUGAGAUCCCCGAAGAGGACGAAGGCGAGGAGGAACAGAGCGGGAGGCAUGACGAUCAUCAACCUGAGGAUGGCGGGCGCAAAGAGACGAAGGCGAGCGACACGCCAGAACCACCAAGAGGGCGGAGAUCACCAGACUUCAUCACGGAUGAGAGUUCACCCGACUCAUCCCGAUGA